AUGAAGGAAGAUUGCGGCCAACACGAUGACGACGGGAAGAAGAAGCUCUUCCGUCGCCUCUUGAUGGCCUUAUUCAGCUUCAUAUUCAUCGUCCUCUUCAUCAUCCUCCUCGUAUGGCUCAUCCUCCGCCCGGCAAAGCCACAUUUCAUCCUCCAAGAUGCCACCGUAUACGCCUUCAACCUCUCCAACCCCAACCUUCUCACUUCAAACCUCCAAAUCACCCUCUCCUCUCGCAACCCUAAUGGCAGAAUCGGCAUAUACUUUGAUAAUCUCGACGUAUAUGCAUCGUACCACAGCCAACAAAUUACUCUCCCCACAUUGCUUCCUUCUACUUACCAGGGACACAAAGAUGUUACAGUUUGGUCGCCAUUUUUGUUCGGGAAUGAAGUGCCGGUGGCGCCGUACCUUGCUGUUUCUUUGAACCAGGAUCAAAUGGUCGGAACAGUGUUGAUUAACUUUAAGGUGGGUGGAAGAAUCCGAUGGAGAGUUGGCUCAUUCGUGUCUGGGAAAUAUCAUUUGUAUGUGAACUGUCCAGCUUAUAUAAAUUUUGGUAAUAAAAACAGUGGCAUUGGCAUUGCUGUCGGAAAUCCUAUCAAGUAUCAGUUGAUUAUGAACUGCCAUGUUGAUGUAUGA